CAAAAAUGGCGACUGUGUUUGACAACGUGCUCCUCGCGACUUGGAGCGAAAAUGGUCAGUUCGACUGCACAUCGGAGGUCCCAUAUCGAAUGGAAAUAUCACGGCAAACUGAAAGUAUAGUGUUAUCAUUUUACAAUGGCCAAGUAGAAGCAUCCACGGUGACCAUCAACAAAGACACAGAGUUUUCACGGCUGGGGAAGAUGGGCGUUAAUGUCACUAAUGAGGGGACAUCACUCCUAGUCCGAUUCUCCAGUAUACAUGCAAUGAAGGCCUGCCUACAUAAACUAAAGGAAUACAAGAACGGGACCAAGUCUGUGUUUAAUGACAGAACAGAUGAAGCAUCAGCUGUCCAGUACUUCCAGUUCUAUGGCUACCUGUCCCAGCAGCAGAACAUGAUGCAGGACUACAUCCGUACAUCCACCUACCAGAGAGCCAUGCUGGCCAACAUCGCAGACUUCCAGGACAAGGUUAUUCUGGAUGUUGGCGCCGGGUCAGGAAUUCUGUCAUUUUUCGCUAUCCAGGGUGGUGCUAAGAAAGUGUAUGCCAUUGAAGCCAGCAGUAUGGCCCAACACUGUGAGACCCUGGUAGCAACCAACAACUUGUCCAAUCGUAUAGUUGUCAUCCCUGGCAAAGUUGAGGAAGUGGAGGUGCCGGAGCAGGUGGACCUGAUCAUCUCUGAGCCCAUGGGGUACAUGCUGUUUAAUGAGAGGAUGCUGGAGAGCUUUCUGCAUGCCAAAAAGUGGCUGAGACCAGGAGGAAAAAUGUACCCGUCACAAGGGGACCUGCAUAUAGCACCAUUCACAGACGAAUCACUAUACAUGGAACAGUAUUCCAAGGCGAAUUUCUGGUAUCAAGAGUCAUUCCAUGGCGUGAACCUUACAAGUUUACGAAAUGCUUCUGUAGAAGAAUAUUUUAAGCAGCCUAUUGUUGAUACUUUUGACAUCCAUAUAUGCAUGGCCAAGUCCAACAAGUACGUUGUGGACUUCCAGACGGCAGACGAGAACGACCUUCACGUGAUGGAGAUUCCAGUGACUUUCAGCAUGAUGUCCACUGGGAUGGUCCAUGGAUUGGCCUUCUGGUUUGAUGUCGCCUUCUUUGGCUCCGAGAAUACUGUGUGGCUGUCGACAUCUCCAACCGAACCUCUGACUCACUGGUAUCAGGUACGGUGUCUGGUGCAGUCCCCCGUCCUAGUCAAGCAGGGGCAAACCCUCACGGGGAAGGUGACACUCACAUGCAAUACCAGGCAAAGUUAUGAUGUUGAUAUUGAACUAAACAUACCGGGGACUUCAAGCAAGUCUACCAACACGCUAGAUUUAAAGAAUCCAUUCUUCCGCUACACUGGUCAGCCACCACAGCCUCCACCAGGCUGCAACUCCGCAUCUGCCACAGAUGUGUACUGGAAUACACUCGCUACAGGUGAGUUCGCCUCGUCCGCCUUCGGCCGUAGCUCAUCCUCUGCCAGAGAUAUGACCUGGAAAACUCUAUCAGCAGGUCAGACCUCGACGUACAUGAACGGCUUGAUGAAUGGUGUUGUGGACCAGGGCCAGACCCUGCCCCAGCAGGGUGGAGCUGUACAGACCAAUCUUAUAGCAGUAUCGAAUGUCGUUGCCCCUAUCAACCCUGGCAGUAUUCCAAGCGUAGGGAGCCAAGUGUCGAAUUCUAACGCACACCGGACAUCCAUUGGUGGUGGUAUAAGUCCAAUCAACUUCACAAACUCUCAGAACGUGAUCAGCGGUGGGAUGGCACACUACCCUGUAAGUCAGCAGUUCAUGAUUGGCGACUAUGUGAUGCCUGGCAACGUCGUGGUGCCCACGACAACAGCAGUGGCCUCUGUAUAGUUUUCACAGGAGUCCGCACAACAGUGUACAGUUGAGAUAUCUAUUUAUACCACAUUCUCAGGUUUUCGCCUUCUGAUGGACCGAUGAGUGUGGAGGAGGAGUCACAUGUACAAACUGAAUUAUCUGUGUAGAACAUCAGUAAUCAACUUGAGGACGACAACAGAGUUUAGAGGAGAUUUCACGAGCUACAGAUUCUGACAGUUAUUUGACUUGUAUCAAGUCUUGGUGCUGUCGGUGUACUUCUUCAGCGGGUCCAUCUGCAAACUUUGUACUUGAAUGACAUUUCAAGAUAAUACGGAAAAGUGAUUAGUGAUCAGUCUUCGUGAAAUAAGGACUGGCACGAAUACAGGUUUCGAGUCACCACACACACACAUACAGACACCCAAGAAAUUUUGUACGACAGUGUGGCUCCUCCAGUGAUGAUCCACUUGAUCCGUGAAGGAGCCAUCAGAGCGAUUGACUGAGGUCCUGUCUGCCCUCCCCAGUGUACAUUCAUAUGCUUCUUCUGUUCCCAGUCUCCCUGCAGCUCAGUACAACAGGAAACACAGACAAGACCACCACUCUUCCACCUCCUUUGUGGACUCUGACUAGGAAUACAGUCAACAAUAUAUUCCUUAUACCCAUUGUGAUUCAGCUUGUGGUAAUGGAAAAGAACUGUGCUAGUUGUUCUUGGUGUAUUUACUUCAUUUUGAGCAUAUGCUUGCUGUUUAUUCAUGCAUUUGAUGAGAACGUCCAUAUUGCCAGCCUCCACCCCAUUGUGCUACUCUGUAGUCAUCUGCUCUCACCCUCUUCCAAGAUAUACUCUGUAAGAGGUUGAUUGCUACCCAGUUCUUUCUUUUUACUAUGUGCCAUGACAGAUUAGCUUUAGUGUUGUUUAAGAAGCUGUGGUCCUACUUGUUUUGGGUGGUAUUAUUAUUGGUUUUCAAAAUGCAAAGUAAAUUUCGGCAGAACAAAUACAUUUUGCUUCACAAAGCUUCAUGAUUGGUUCCAAGUUGCUGUUGACAACACGUUGACCUGGUUCCAAUAUUCAUAUGGGGCGGUGGGGUAGCCUAGUGGUUAAAGCGUUGGCUCGUCACACCAAAGACAUGGGUUCGAUUCCCCACAUGGGUACAAUGUGUGAAGCCCAUUUCUGGUGUCCCGCCGUGAUAUUGCUAGAAUAUUGCUAAAAGUGGCAUAAAACCAUACUCACUCACUCCAAUAUUGAUGUUGAAGAAUAAUGCUUUGUAGAUGUAUGUCUUGUUUUCUCUGCUUCUCGGCAUGGGUCAGAUGUCUUAGGUGUUUGCUUCGCUGUGCAGAGUUACAUUCCUUGGCCACGCCAGAAACCUAUGAUUGUGGGUUCGAAUCGUAGCUUGUCGUAACGUUUCUAGGUUUGUUAACACCGUACCCAUGAUUGUGGGUUUGACGAAGGAGCAAACAUCUAAGACCUCAUUAACUUUGGGCUUUCCUCCUUCAUUAAGAUGGCCCCCAGUGAUGCAAUUAGAUUACUGUUGAAAGUACUCACUCCUGUCCCGGGAAUAGGUCAUGCAAGUACAAACUCUCAUUCGCAAGAUCAUGAUCCAACAAUUGUAAUUAAUGAAUGUUUGCCUAUAGUCCAUGGCUAGUGUGUUUCUUCCGGCUCUGGGGCAGUGGGGUAGCCUAGUGGUUAAAGCGUUUGCUCGUCACACCGAAGACCCGGGUUCGAUUCCCCACAUGGGUACAAUGUGUGAAGCCCAUUUCUAUUGUCUCCUGCCGUGAUAUUGCUGGAAUAUUGCUUAAAGCUGCGUAAAACUAAACUCGUUUAGUCACUCACUCUUCCAGGUCUUGUGGCUUAUGAAAUGAUACUAUUUAUUUGUAAAACAGACCCAAGUGGCAUUAAACCCGUCUUACCCAAAGCAACACUUAACUGUUGAAAAUGAUGUUCCGUGUAUGACGUCUAAUGGCAUCAACUAGUUGUCAAUGCAGAGUUUUAUUCUCAUUUUCAUGAACAGUUUGGAUAUUUUCAUGCUAUAUUUUGCAUUUGACAUUCUGUACUUCCUGCUGUGUACUUUUACUGCAUUUGUAUAUAACUUUCAUGACAUUGUAAAUAUUGGCACAAAAAAUCACAGGUUCCCUUCUCUCAUGUUUUGAAUUUAAUAUUUGACUUAGCAUGCAAAAUAAAAGACAUGGAUACUGACAAAGUGAUUUCUAGGAAACAGUUGGAAAUAUAACAUUGACUUGCCUGGGGGUACUUUCAAAACGGCAAGGGAUGAGUAUUUCUUUUGUGAGCUGUAAUUGUCAUACAAAUGUGUAUCUCUAUGUACUUAAUGAUCCUCGUUAUUUGCAAAGACCAAACAAUAAAAGUAUGUGUGUUUCCA